UAUUGCAUGGGGGCGAUGGUGAGCGCAACAGAUAUCUGUUGCUAGCAGUGUGGCCAGGUCAUGUAGUUCCAUUUCUUAAGGGUAGAUUUUGUGUGUUGUAUAUUUGGAUGAAAUGUUUUUGGGGAAAGUAGUUUUAAAGUUAUUUUUUGUUUGUGUAAUGUAAGGACUGUCUUAAUUUGAUAAGCAGGAAUAGUUAUUAAAUAAGUAUUGUGUAUAAUAAUAUUCAAAAUGUUCCUCCACUUGAUUGGAAACUUUAUCCAUUGUAUUUUUGAACUGAAUAAAAAACAAAGGAGUAAUUGCGGAUUGGCCUAAAAGAAAAUAUCCCACUAUAAUAUUUAAAGAUACAAUAACAUUACAACCAACCCCGAAUUCUUUAUUCUAAGUUAGCAUAUUUUCAUCAUUAAUUUUCAAAAUACGCCAGCAAAGUUUUACGCGGACUAUAGCUAUGACGCAGCUGUGCCAAAUAUUCUCCCCACUCUAUUAUUCAGAAGUUGGCAAGUUAUCGGGUAAUUUGAUUCCCAUCUGGCAUCCCUGGCGGUAAGAACUCAGUGUCAGGCGAGGAUCGCGAGCGGACACCCGCGUAGCUCUACGCCGUAGCGCUACGAACACGCUCAGGCUACGAGCUUUGUUUUUUGUGUUACGCGUUAAGCUGUGGAUAUUAACCUUUGUUCCCACAUUUUUUAUUUAUUUUGACUCGAGUGCAGUGAGUGGAUAAAAUCAGUGUUAUCUUUAAAGAUAUAUUUGUGUACUUUGUACUUUAUUUUAAUAAUUUAUCGAGUGUUAAAAAAUACGAUCCAAAAAUGAAUAAUACACAAAACAUGGCCUUUAAAACAAAAUAAUAACAGUUAAACCAACACCGAAAAUGUGUUUAAAAAAGUGCCAAAGUUGAAAAAACAAUGCUGAACGGGACGACCGAAAGGGGAGGACUAUCUCUCCAGUCUUCCCCUGUCAAAGUCAACACAUCCCCUGUAAGAGCCACUUCUAGCCCCAUUCGGGCCCCUCCGUCACCUUUGAAGUCAUCUUUAGCCAGUGGCAGGAGAUCACCAAGGAGGUGCCAGUUCGCGGCCCCGGUUGAAGAUGCGAGGGAUAAGUGUGGGACGUCGUGGUUGUGUCGGAGAGGGGCAGGCGUUGGGGAGGAGUCUGACCCUGAGAGGUCACCAGGUCCCAGUGCUCCGGUUCUGCAAGCCUGUGACGAGUCAGUGCCUCCGCCGAAGAACUGCUUCAGACUUGUUAUGUUGGGAUCAGCACGCGUUGGCAAAACCUCGCUGGUCUCGCGGUUCCUGAGCACGAAGUUCGAAGACAGCUAUACUCCCACCAUUGAAGACUUCCACCGCAAGCUGUACAGGAUCCGAGGGGAGGUCUACCAGCUCGACCUUCUGGAUACUUCGGGGAACCACCCCUUCCCGGCCAUGAGACGACUGUCCUUUCUUACUGGUGAUCUCUUCGUAUUGGUCUUCGCGAUGGAUAGCCGUGAAUCCUUCGAAGAGGUGAUCCGACUUCGGGAACAGAUUCUGGAGACCAAGGCCAGUGCCAGCAGUGGAAGCAGUAGAGGGAGGCGCCAGGCUCCCAGGGUCCCCAUGGCGAUAGCUGGAAAUAAAUGUGACAGGGAUCUCAAGACUGUCCAACCCGAAGAAGCAGUAGCAUACUGCAACACCCAGGAUUCCGCGUGCGUCUUCGUCGAAACCUCCGCAAAGAAGAACUUCCACGUCGACGACCUUUUCUACGAGCUCUUCGUCGUCGCCAACUUACCCCUCGAAAUGGCCCCGAACCACCACAAAAGAGUCAGUACCGCCUUCGGAAGCCCUUGCACCUUACCCCCAACAAGUAGCCAAAGCAGUAGAAGUAAGAAAUGUACUUUAUCCAUUAAACGAAGACUAUCAGACGCUUGUGGAGUUGUAGCUCCCAAUGUAAGAAGACCCAGCAUUCGUACUGACUUAAUGAUUAUGAGAACAAAGACUUGUGCCAAAGGCGACACAGAUAGUGCAAGUGGGAGUCCGAAGAUCAAUCUGAACAGGCUGGUGAGGUCUACGGGACAGAGUGAAAAGAGGUCGUGUGUUGUGCAGUGAUAUUGAAUGAUGGAAUGAAAGUGAAUAAGUGACAGGUGCUAUUCAAGGAGUUUUCACUUGCGAGGUGUCUCGAAUUGAUAAUGUAAGAACUGAUGCUCAUUUGUUUAUAUGUAGAAGCGAUUAUUAUGUUGAUUGGGUACUAUGAUCUCUAUUGUAAAACGAUCUGAAAUUGUUGUUCAGAAAAUAUUUUAGUUUGAUAUAAAAAUCCAUGUGGUGAAUAUAUAAAUAGAUUACAUUCCCUCAUACAGAAACGUGACGUAUCUUUAAGAUGUUCUUAAGUAUCUAUGAGUGAUGUUAUAUAGCUAUCACAAUCCACAAUAUUUUAUACAUUUAAAUCGAUUUCCAAAAACCAAAGAAUAUCUUAAAUAUGCAUUAGAACUUACAUUAAUAUUUAGAAUUAAUACAA